CACGAGCGGAAGCCCUGUUUGUUGUUCUUCCUCCGGACGGGUCUCUGCAUGUCUCCGCCGCGUCCCGCUGCAGGUCGUGUUCCUCCGGAUGAAGAUUAACAGGUAUGCCAAAGGAAAAAUAUGAUCCUCCAGAUCCCCGCAGAUGUUACACCAUCAUGCCAGCGGAUGAGGCGGCCAGUGGGAAGAAGUCUUACUGGGCCGAGCUCGAGAUUUCUGGACGGGUGAGGAGCCUGAGCACCUCCUUAUGGACGCUCACCCACCUGACGGCGCUGCACAUCAACGACAACAACCUGAGCCGCAUCCCGCCGGACAUCGCCAAGCUGCCACACCUGGUCUACCUGAACCUGUCGUCCAAUAAGCUCCGCAGCCUGCCUGCCGAGCUGGGCAACAUGGUCUCUCUCAGGGAAUUGCUUUUAAACAACAAUCUUUUACGAGUUCUGCCUUAUGAACUUGGGAGGCUUUUCCAGUUACAAACCUUGGGGCUUAAAGGAAACCCUUUGUCCCAGGACAUCCUCAAUCUGUACCAGGAGCCGGACGGAACCAGGAAGCUUUUGAACUACAUGCUCGACAAUCUAGCAGUUCACCCAGAGCAGCUCCCCCAAAGACCUUGGAUCACUCUGAAAGAGCGAGACCAAAUGAGUCCAACAGCCGUGUUCACGGUCAUGUGCUACAACGUGCUGUGCGACAAGUACGCCACGCGGCAGCUCUACGGCUACUGUCCGUCCUGGGCCCUGAACUGGGAGUACCGGAAGAAAGGCAUCAUGGAGGAGAUCACCAGCUGUGACGCCGACAUCAUCAGCCUGCAGGAGGUGGAGACGGAGCAGUACUACACCAUGUUUCUAGAAACGCUAAAGGAACGCGGCUACGACGGCUACUUCUGCCCGAAGUCUCGAGCCAAACUGGUUUCUGAGCAGGAGAGGAAACACGUGGACGGCUGCGCUGUGUUCUUCAAGACCGAGAAGUUUACUUUGAUCCAGAAACACACUGUGGAGUUCAACCAGGUGGCCUUGGCCAACUCUGAGGGUUCAGAGGUCAUGCUGAACAGAGUGAUGACCAAAGACAACAUCGGGGUGGCCGUUCUGCUCGAGGUCAACAACGACCUGUUCUCCGACGGCAUGAAGCCACCACAGGAGAGGCAGCUGAUCCUGGUGGCCAACGCCCACAUGCACUGGGACCCCGAGUACUCGGACGUGAAGCUGGUCCAGACCAUGAUGUUCCUGUCGGAGCUGAAGAGCAUCGCUGAGAGGGCCUCCGGCUCCGUGGCGACGGGUUCCCCCGCCUCCGACCCGUCCUCCAUCCCCAUCGUCCUCUGUGCCGACCUCAACUCGCUGCCCGACUCCGGUGUGGUGGAAUACCUGAGCAACGGAGGAGUGGCCGAGAACCACAAGGACUUCAAGGAGCUGCGCUACAACGACGCACUGACCAACUUCAGCUGCAACGGAAAGAACGGCAACUCUGACGGCAGCGUCACCCACAACUUCCAUCUGAAGAGCGCCUACGACAGCAAUCUGAUGCCUUACACCAACUACACAUAUGACUUCAAGGGCGUUAUCGACUACAUCUUCUUCUCAAAGACCCACAUGAGUGUCCUGGGCCUGAUGGGACCGUUGGACAGCCAGUGGCUCGUCGACAACAACAUCACCGGCUGCCCUCACCCGCACAUCCCCUCGGACCACUUCUCCCUGCUGGCCCAGCUGGAGCUGCAACCUCCCCUGCCCCACCCGCUCAACCCCCUCAACGGGCUGCACCUGCCGGUCCACAGGUAGUGCAGCGCUGAGAGAGAGAGAGAGAGAGAGAGAGCACCGCCCAACACCUUCCUGCCUCACCUACAAAACACUCUCCCCCUCCUCCUCCCCCAUCCCUCCAGCUUUAUACAGGACCCUGUACAGUCCACCGAUCAUGUUAAAAAACUCGGACGCCAUCCGACCCUGAGACCCCCCCCCAAAAGGAGUGAAGUAUUCGCCCGUUUGUUGCUCCUUUGUUGUGUUUUUUUUUUUUUUUUUUUUGCACAAUGUAAAUGUUUGUUUUAUGACAUAUUUUCUCCCCCCCUUGAAAAGGCUUGAUACCAAAUGUUGGGCUUGGGAUGAAGUUGCCAUGGUAACCCCCCAAUGUCGAUUGUUUUGUUUUUUUUGCCUUUAGAACAUAUCGCUUGUAGAUUCUGCUGCUACAACAACAAACCUUAACGACUUUGACUUUUUAAAGAUAAACUACACACGUCAGCAGAUUAGCUGAAUUUAAUUUUUUUUUUUUUUUUGUUUGUUUGUUUUUUGACAUUUCACGACAGCCGUGAAAUUUUUAGAGUAGAAACACGACAUGAUAUUAAUUGUGUUAAAGUCACAGUCUACAUAAAACUGGAGUCUGCUAUCACUCCCAAAUGAACUGACAGGUAUUUUUAAUGAACGGAGAAACACUAAAAAUCUACUGGAGGUUAGGGGAUGUUUACGAGGACGUGAGAAGGUUUGUUUACAGCGGUCAGUUUUGUAAACAAAAGUCCAUAUUUUCAAUUGUGAAACACCGAAAUAUUUAAUUUAAUCAUAUGUGGAGAAAAAUACCUGUCAUUUUUAAGGUUAAAAAGUACCGAUUGGGCGUUUUAAAAGUAGUUAUUUACACUAAAUUGGUGUUUUUUUUUUUCAUAUAUGAAAUCAUCUCAUGUCACACUGAUAAUAUAGAUGAUUGUUUUUCGGGGGCUUUUAGAUUUACACGUGGAAAAUGAUGGAUAGUAAAAGUUCAACUUUUCAUCCUUUUUUAGAUUCUGUUGCCUGGUGUUUGUUUUAAAGGCGUCACCUGACGUCUUCCUUCUCGCCAGGCAGCGAAUCUCGAGCUGAAAGCCGCCUCAUGGUGCUGCGUGAACGUUACUGAGCUGCUGCAUUCACUACGAUGAUUUUUGUUUUUUAGUUUCUUCCAUAAUACGGGUCUUGAACCUCUCUUCUGCUAAAUAUUUGACCUGCGUUCAUCUCGUUCGAUUCAUGCUCACUGCAGUUUAAAAGAUGCACACGUUACGUUUCCUGCAAGAUGAUGAUGAAGAAAUUUAAAUAUUUCAGUUGAGACUAAAUGUUAUUUAUUAGGCAUUUCAACCAAAUUAACCCCGUAACUUUUACUUUAAAUAAAUAGUUAAAGGUAUGAACAAAACCCUGAUAUUGAUCAAAAAUGCGCUUUAUACUUUUAGCUUUUGAAGUCGUGCUUUCAAACACCUACGGUCUUAAAAGAGAAUCGUGUCACCUGACUAGCCAAAGAAUCCCCC